CAGCGGCGCUGCCGGGGCGCUGCGCGCAUGCUGGGCCGGUCGCGCCGCCGGGGCUCGCGCCCUGGGCCGCCCGGGCGCCCGGCAUGUCGGUGCACUACACCCUCAACCUGCGCGUCUUCUGGCCCCUGGUGACCGGCCUGUGCACGGCCCUCGUGUGCCUCUACCAUGUCCUGCGGGGCAGCGGGGGUGCCCGGGCCGAGCCCCCCGACGGCCCGGAUGGCGGCUUCCCGCUGCUCAAGGUGGCGGCCCUGCUCCUCCUGGGCUACAUCCUCCUGCGCUGUCGCCACGCUGUCCGGCAGCGCUUCCUGCCCGGGUCUCCCCGCCUGGGGGGCCAGGCCACUUUCUCGCCAAGACACUUUCGAGAGCCUCGCCUCGGCAUCCUGCUGGAGAGUUACUACGAGCACGAGGUGCGCCUGUCGCCGCACGUGCUGGGCCACAGCAAGGCGCACGUGAGCCGGAUUGUGGGCGAGCUGGUGCGGGCUGGUCGCGCCCGUGGGUCCCCUGGCCCCAUCCCCGGGGGAGGGCUGGCCUUGGCCUUCCGUGGAGACUUCAUCCAGGUGGGCAGUGCCUACGAGCAGCAUAAAAUCCGACGGCCCGACGGCUUCGACGUGCUGGUGCCCCUGCGCCUGCCGCCGCUGGUGGCGCUGGAGCCGCAGAGCCUGGGUACCGAGCCUGCGCUGGCCCCAGCCUUCCGCGGCUGCUUCGUGUGCGCACUCAAGGCGCCUCCGGGGGCCUCCGGGGGCCACUGGCUCCGGGACUGCAAACCCUUCGCUGACGGCUUCUGCGUGGAUGUGCGUGGGCGGCGCCACCUCUCAGCCACCCUGGUGCUGCGCUGGUUCCAGUCGCACCUGCAGCGCUCCCUGGCCACCGUGCGCUACAGCCUGGAGGGUCGCUGUCGGGUCAGCCUGACCCCUGGCGGCCUGGAGCAGCCUCCCACUCUGCACAUCCUGCCCUGCCGCACCGAUUACGGCUGCUGCCGCCUCUCCAUGGCCGUGCGUCUCAUCCCCGCCGUCCAUUUGGGCGACGGCGUCUUCCUCGUGGCACCACCACUGGCCCCUUCGCCAGUCGGGCCCCUGUCGGAGCUCCCGGGAGGCCUGCGCGCCGAUGCACUGUGGAGCGUGAACACGUCGCGCCAGGAGCAGAAGCUGCUGGGCUCGCUACAGGAACGGGCCCCUCCAGGUGCCUGCUACCUCAAGUACCUGCAGUUGCUUAAAGCCCUGCGAGACCUGGGCGCCCGUGGGCUGGACCCGAUGGCCGCCGCCCAGUGGGGGCGAAUCCUGUCCUCGUAUGUGCUCAAGACGGCGCUGCUGGCGGUGCUGCUGCGCGAGAGGGCAGUGGAGCAAGGCUGGGACGAGGUGCACCUGGUCAGGCGCUUGGAAGAGUUAGUGCAGUUCCUUAGGGGCUGCCUCCUGGGACGCCAGACCCUCUUCCACUGCGUCCUGGGCUCUUACGGGACCGCCGCCGAGGUAGGCCCACUGCCCAAGGUACUGCGUGAAGCUGCCCCAGUCGACCUUCUGGCUGCUUUUGACAGGCACUCCCGUGAGCUUGCGGCGGCACGGUUGCUGUCCACUUGGCGAAGGCUUCCCCAGCUUCUCCGAGCCUAUGGGGGUCCCCGUUACCUUGCCAUGUGUCCCCCACCCCGGAGUCAGCGCACCCAGGAGUUCCCUAAAGAUGAACCAUGAACAGUGACAGCACCCCUACCUGGCCUGAUGCUCCUAAAGCUUCUCCCACCGGGUGGGGGUGGGGAUGGCAAUGAAGCCAAUUUCACACAAGGAAGAUGAGCAGGUGUUGGGAAGUUUGGACGGAGCAUGACAUUUGGUGGCUUAAAUAUCACCCUUGGCUCCUCAAGCCAGUGCAGUGGCAUCUUCAGGCCCACCAGAGUGUCCUAGGCAGGCUGCGGAAAGACAUCCAACAGCCGCAGCUGAGCUGGUCCACAUUUUGGCUUGUGUGGAACGAUUCUGUAAGGAUCCGCUGCUUUUAGAGAAGUCCAGUAAAGGAAGCAAAAACUAGCUUCAGUUUCCUUUGUCGGUUUUUGAGACACAGAUCUCUCUGGCCCCCAGGUUUAAAGCAGCUGAUUUUUUUUAACUACUUGCUAGGUCCUGGUUUCCCGAUUGUCUUUUUUUAAAAAUCAGAAUAUCUCCAACUGGAAUUGAAGUUCUGUUCUAGGGGCUAUGGUUCUGAGGAACAUCGUUUCCACUAUUGAGAUUAAUAUUGAUGUAUUUUUUAAAUGGUGCAAUCACGGGUGUCUGAUGGGAUCGUGACGAAGUCACACAGGUUAAGAGGCAAUCAAGAGUUGGUUAGAGAAACUUCCAGAGCAGAUAGCACUUUAUUUUGAUCACUUCUUUCGCUGUGUGGUAAUUGCUGGUGCCGAAUGUUGCAUCUGAAAGGGAGGCCAGGUGGAUUCAGCACAGGUCUUGCCAAGCAUUUCGCUGAUGUGUAGGUCAGUGCCUCCAGCUUUGUGCUUGAUCAGCGACUCCCCCAUCGGUCAGCAGAGGAGAAAGAUGCAGGGAGAUGGAAGGAGGCAGCCUGUGUCAGCAGUCAGCUCUUUUUUUGUCUUUGGGCAGAAAUAUCACCGGGUUGGGUGCAUAUUGUAGCCAAAAAAAGCCCAUUCUGAAAUCCCUCCUUCUCCUAAACUUCUAACAGCCCACAAUUGCAUCCAUCAACUUAAAUCUCAGUUUAAGUUUAGAAAGCUCCAUUCUAUGCUCAUCUAAUAGAAACUGCAGCCAGUGCCUGUGUUAUACUUUGGGAUUUUUUUUUUUAACACAUGUAGUCCCUUAGACUCUUAAAGGUAAAAGGUAAAAAACUUGGAAGCCGGAUGGAGCCACCUGAAUAGGGCCAUUGUUCAAUUUCUCAGUUAUUUUGUGAGGGAACUCCUUAAACUUUCUGUAGAGGACCUACUUGGCCACUGCAAGAAAUCAUUGUGAAUAAAUGAUUUAUAGGAAAUCCUUGUUAUCAGAGCUGCAGAGACUUCUUACAUCCUUCGCAACCUUGGACUGUAAGAGAAACGGUUGCAAAUGUUGUGCUUUCUCUUUGAGGUUUUGGGGACUGUUCCCCUUGAUACCACAAAGGCUAUUCCUAGCUUUUGAGAGGUCAGUGUUAGGUCAUAAGGUACUACAUUUAGCAAAGUCUACCAACUUUCUGCAAAGAUGUAAACUGCACAGUGUUUUCUUAAAAUUACUUUUUAAAAUAAAUGUCAAGAGAAAGUAGAUUUUAUAUAUAUAUAUAUGUAUAUGUAUUUAUAACGUUUUCAUAGUCAGCCACGACUUCCCCUGUAGUCGUUAAGUCUGCUGGAGUGGGGGGUGGGCAGCGAGGCUCUUGGAGGGAUUAUCAAACUUAUUUUUAAAAGCUGAGUUUUCCAAAUAUUGCUAGCUAAGGUGAUAGGUUCCUUUUCUUUUUUUUUUUGGUCUUAAUAGUGUUUUGAAGUUUAAAUCUGGUAACAAGAGUGUUCUUGUAGGUUUUUGUUAUUUUUUUUUUCUCCAGGUUAAUUGCCCAAAGCCUCAUCCAUCCUCAAGAUUUUAAAUUUUUAUUAUUUUUUUAAAUUAACGGGGCAUUGUGUUUGUGAAUUUUUAAAAUAUUAGUGUUUUAUUUAAAUGCCAUGCUGAGCAUUUGUUCUCUGUACAUGGUAACCAAAACUUAGAAAUUUCGAUCAAUUUUGAUCACUGUUGCGUAAUCCUAAACAUGUACUGUGUACAAAUGAAAUAAUACGGCAUAUUAGCCAGGCGUGAUGGCUGCCUGAGGCACUUAAUGAAGCUUACUUCUGUAUUUUAUCAGGGCUUCGUCAUGUUCUUGGUCAGAAAUGUACACAUUUUUGGUGUACACUUGGUACUAGAGAAUCAUAUGUCAUAUCUGCAAUAUUCUUAUACAGGAAGGCUCAGAAUUGCUCAUGUUAAAAAAAAUUUUAAAAGGAUUGAUUGUCCAGCCAGUGCCCAAAGAAACUGUUUGGGAAAAAUGACUCAGAGUCAUUUUGCCACGAAACACCCUUCAGCGACUCCCACUGACCAGUCUUGGGAGCCAUCCUGGAAUGCUCGUGGGCUGAGAUUAGGAGAUGCUUUUUUUUUUUUUUUUUUUUUAAAUCAAACUGAAGCUGAAAGAAAGGAGAAUGUGAGCAAACCAAGAGAACUCGGAAGGGUUCAGAAAGGAGGACUUAAGAUGAAAGUGAAGGGAAGGGGAAAUGGGAUGGAAAUCAUAUGAGGAUGUGAGAGAGGUUUGGGUUAGGAACCACAGUUUUAGGUAUGUGCUAUUGCAAACCAGGGGUCGCAAACUCAGUAGCCUACAGAAGCAAGGUAGGGAAGGGGUGGGUGGGUUGUAGGGCUUGUGCAGGUCUUUAGGGGGACAAGCCAUUACUCGGCUCCCUGUAGGGAAAAGAGGUAGCGAGGGGCUGGGAAUCAGGAUUUUUUUUGUUUAUGUGAAACUUCAUGAUUUUUAAACAAUCAUUUAAAAAUGUCCAAAACACCAUGUGGGCCAAACAAAACAUUUGGUUGCGCUUGUGGGCCACCAGUUUGCGACCCCUGCCUUACACAGUUAACCCCCCCCCAAGUAUGUAUAAGGUUAUAUUUAUUGUUUUGGAUAUAAUGUUGUGACACAUAGUUGGGGGAGAGAUAUUUCAAGUCUUCUUUAGCUCUCAGAGCUAAGCUUUAUUGUAGAAACAAACCCAAACAAAUUAACAUGGCCACUGAUAACACUUGACUCACAAUUCCCAGAAAGACCCUCGGUCCUGGAGCUGUUCUUUGCAGCCAGAUCCUCCAUCAAACCACUUGGAGGCCCAUUCGUUCUUGACAUUUCCUUCCUGGUGAGUCCUGGCUAAACUCCUAGGCUCCUUUGGAGCUUGCAGAUGAGUCAUCAGGAAGGAUUGAAGAAUAACUUGUUUCUUUUUUCCUUGCAUUUUAUGCGGAUUUUUCAAGUCUGAAUUUUUUUAGUGGUAUCCUUGCCUGUGCCUUGGCAGUGGUGGCCGAUGGCUGUGAACACCUGAAGAGCGGUGCUGGGUCUUCGGGCCAAGCUUCUCAGGCUUGUUACCACUCCCCACUGCUGAGAACACUGCUCUGAUCAGAUGUGCCUGUCCCCCCCCAGACUCGGCUGCUCCCACCGAAGUUGACAUCCUAGCGUUCUGAAGGAAGUAACCUCAUAGCUUCCUAAGCGUCUCUUUUAACCUCAUGGAGUAGGUCACUUUUUCUGUAAAAUGUGGCUUUUGAUGCUGAAGACAUAACGCAUCCCUACCCACGUGGGGAAGGUUAUUACCUUCCCUCCCCGGUGGUGGAGAAAAGGAACCUUAGUCACAUUCCCAGUGUCCCUUGAGAGGGAAAGACGUUCAGUGUUAUCACGUGGAGCUUAAUGUUUUUUAAAUCGCACGUCUGUUACUCAGACACUACUGUUUAUUUUCUUACACCUACACAGCCUUUGAUUUAGUGGGGAUAAAGCUAGUAUAAGGUGGGGAGGGGAAGGGUGAAGAUAUACGCAAUUAUCUAUACGGAGAGAAAGGACUGAAACAUGCAGCUAAAUUAUAUAUAAUCUGGUGUUUGAAGUAUCGGAUAUUCAGGAGUACUUUGAGCACCUUUUGCUUUAAAAAAAAAUGUGCCUUGAUUGAGCCACCUGACUUGAAAACAUUCCUCUUAUUUUAUUGUGAUUUUUAAUGUAUAUUCUGACCCCAAACUGUGUAUUACGAUGCAGUGUGUCGGCUGCCAUCAUAGCAUAUAUGCUGUGUUCCAGUAACAGAGACCAAAGAGUUAAUUAAUUACAGUUCAGCUGCUACAGUCGUGUGAUUAAAAGGCAUUUUAAUCACACCCAAUUUCCAAGGCCCCAGCAGUCGAGGCCUGCGACGUGUUUUCUAUUUCAGGUUGGAGUAAAUUUGCACUUUCAAUCAGAUGGGUCAUUUGACGGCCUUGUUCUUUUAUACUUUGCUUUGUUAAUAAAGGAACUUGUAGAAACCUC